AUGUCUUCAGCACCUCCCUCUAGCAACCCACCUCCCAACCCGGAAAAGAAGCCAGAACCAUCGACAUCCUCAGAUGCUCCAGCUCCUACAGAGGGCCCCGCCCCAAUGGAUGUCACCCCAGAUGUCCCGCCAGAGGAGACCUGGGCCGAUAUACCAGCCGACAUCCUUGCAUUAAGCAGCGAGGAAAUUGCACAACGAACGAAGCUUAUAGACAACGAUAUCAAGGUUAUGAGGUCAGAAACGUUACGGUUGCAGCACGAGCAAAGCGUAAUGAAGGAGAAGAUCCGUGAUAACAAGGAGAAGAUCAAACAAAACAAAGUGUUGCCUUAUCUUGUUGGAAACGUUGUGGAGAUUUUGGAUAUCCACGACGAGGAUGAAAUAGAUGGCGCCAAUCAAGACCUUGAUUCUAUGCGGAAAGGAAAAUGUGCAGUCAUCAAAACCUCUACACGACAAACUGUCUUCCUUCCUUUGAUCGGUCUUGUACCCGCUGAGAAGCUCAAACCUGACGACCUCAUUGGUGUCAAUAAAGAUUCAUAUCUCGUUCUUGACACUUUGCCGACGGAGUACGAUUCACGUGUGAAAGCCAUGGAGGUAGAUGAGAAACCUACAGAACAGAUGGAUGUUAUUGGUGGUCUCGACAAACAAAUCGAAGAAAUUAUGGAAGCCGUUGUGUGGCCCAUAAAAAACUCAGCCAGAUUCCAGAAGUUGGGUAUCAAGCCUCCAAAAGGGUGUUUGAUGUAUGGACCACCUGGUACCGGGAAGACCCUUCUGGCAAGAGCAUGUGCAAAUUCUGCGGAAGCUUGCUUCUUGAAGUUGGCGGGUCCUUCACUGGUUCAAAUGUUUAUUGGAGAUGGCGCUAAGCUAGUACGUGACGCAUUUGCUCUGGCAAAAUCGAAGGCACCUGCCAUUAUCUUUAUCGACGAGCUCGACGCUAUUGGCACCAAACGCUUCGAUUCAGAAAAGAGUGGGGACCGUGAAGUACAAAGAACGAUGCUGGAACUCCUGAAUCAGUUGGAUGGGUUUGGUAGUGACGACCGAAUCAAGGUUAUCGCCGCUACAAAUCGAAUUGAUAUUCUUGACCCUGCUUUGCUUCGUUCUGGUCGUCUUGAUCGAAAGAUAGAAUUCCCUCUACCCGACGAAGUUGCUCGAGCCCGAAUUCUCACCAUCCACUCUCGCAAGUUGAAGGUGGCCCCAGAUAAUGUGAACUACGCUGAAUUGGCAAGGAGUACGGACGAAUUCAACGCCGCACAGCUCAAAGCCGUGUGUGUAGAAGCCGGCAUGAUUGGUUUACGGGAAGGCGCCACUGAGCUGACACACGAACAUUUCCUGAGUGGUAUUGCAGAAGUGCAAAGCAAGAAGAAGAAUACCCUCAUGUAUUUCGCCUAG